GCACAAAUUCACAAAACUGGGUGCUCCACUUCCUCAGCCUAUUGGCCUAUUACAACAACCAACAAUAUGAUUAACCUUAUCAUAAAAACAAAAACUAAGAUUAAAAACCCUAAAACGUGUGAGUCCAAUUAGUUAACAAUAAACCCUAAUGUGGUUGGUGGAUUAAUUCAAAGAAAAAAAAAAGAAAUAUUCGUACCCCCCAAUUUUUGGGGCCAAUACUUCCACGCAGCUUCUUAAUUAUGGAGUAUGGAGAUGUUCUUACGCGGUAUUUUCGGUGCCUAUUAGAUUCUCUCUUUCUCUCUCUAAUCUUUUUAUCAUUUCGCCAUUUUUCUCGGUGAUCUUCAUUCCUCAAUCUCAUUGUUGAAUUAUUAGAGGGAAUUAGAGAUGGACACGAUUCAGAACUUCGAAGACCAUGCAGCUGAAUGCCUAUCCAACGAGGAUCCAAUAAUAAAGCAAACAUAUAACUCUGGAUUACCUCCCACCACUGAGUCAGAGAAUAAUCAUGGCUCAUUUGACUGCAAUAUAUGCUUUGAUUUGGCUCACGAUCCUGUAGUCACACUUUGUGGUCACCUUUACUGUUGGGCAUGCAUUUUCAAGUGGCUUGAUGUCCAAAGCUCCUCCUCACAUUCCACACAGCAGAAGGCUUGCCCUGUCUGUAAGGCAAACAUCUCACAAAGUUCAUUAAUACCGCUGUACUGCCAUGGCCCUUCCCGCGGUGAAGAUGAGCUUAGGAAGUAUCACCAUGAUGUCAUACCUCCAAGACCUACUGCUUGUAGUCUUCGCACCUUUAUCAAUGCUGCGAAUUCUGGUUCAAAUCAACAGCUUCCAUCGAAUCCUUUCGAGUCACAAUAUCCGGACUUUCAUGAUGGUAACUAUGAUGCAAUAUCAUCUAUGAAUUAUGUGAGUCCUACUAUGACUGGGAUUAUUUAUCCUACGAUUGGAUUACUCGGAGAGUUGGUUUGCCCAAGGAUGUUUGGAAGCACAAAUAUGAGCGUGUUCACUCUCCCUCUUCCGAAUUCUUAUGCUACUGUUGGGUAUAGUAGUAAUUCUCGAAUGCGGAGGCAAGAACUGCAGGUAGAAAAAUCCCUCAGCAGACUGUCCAAUUUUCUUUUCUGUUGCUUAGUCUUAUGUUUGCUUCUGUUUUGAAAAAAACGCAAGUACUUUGUACAGUUGUAAAGAUUGUAAACUAGUACCAUUCCUCAUUGUGGAGGUUAUGGAACAUAAGAGUAAGUAGAAGAUCUUUAGAUUUCGUAAGCUUGGAUCAGGUGUUUGGAGUGGUCCAUUAUAUGCUGCAGGGUGUCCUUAGCUCUUGGGAAUUAACUUCGCGAGUUUUGCAUUUUAAUAUUGAUUGUAAAUAAAAUGAUGGUAAUUGAAUAUCA